GUCGUAGUUGUAGUAGUUGGAUGUUCAACGGAUUUGAUGGAUUCAUAGAGCCAUGGGUUGGCGGAAAACCACCCAAUGUCACGUCAAACAAUCUUGCCUUUGUUCUGGGUAAUGGUGAGUUUGAUGUUUGGGUAGCAAAUAAUAGAGGAACUGCGUACUCAAGGAACCACACUCGGCUCAAUCCAAAUACAGAUUCAGAGUUUUGGGACUAUUCAUUUGCUGAUAUGGGCAAAUAUGAUGUUCCAGCAAUGGUUAAUUAUGUUAUUGAUAAAACUGAAUAUGAUAAAAUUGUAUACAUUGGUUUUUCACGAGGAACUGAGCAAAUUUUCAUUCAAUUAGCUGAGAAUCCCUCUUUCGCUGAUAAACUUUACUUGAAUAUAAACCUUGCACCAAUAGCUUUCCGAGGUAGUCCUAAAGGUAUUUCUGGUCUUGUACCGAGUUCAAGGCCUGCUUUUCUGGCUCAGGCAAGUUACGUUGGUCCUAUUCCACCAUUUUUAGCUGAAUUUGAUGCUGGACUUACUUUAUUUUGCUCAAUUCCAAUAUUGAAACAAAUUUGUAUCGAAGUUUACAGUAAAUAUUUCGGACCAGAUCGACCAAUGAUUGAUGAAGGACGAUUCCAAGUUUUAACAAGUCUUAUUGAUGCAACUUCAAACAAAGAUAAUUUACAUACCCGACAAGCGGUCUAUUAUGAUCAGAUUCGUAAAUUCGAUUAUGGUAACAAAAUGAACCUUGAAUUGUAUGGUUCUGAUGAGCCACCCAAGUAUCCAUUUGAAAAUAUACCAACGUACAAUUUGGUUCUCAUUAGUGGACAAAAUGAUUAUUUAGCUACACCAGAAAACGUUCAAAAGUUAAGGAAUAUUUUAAAUGGCACAGCUUUGGUCGAUUACAUGAUACCAUACUCUAAAUGGUCACAUACUGACUUCAUCUUUGGCAAUCAGGCUUAUAAAUACUCACAUUCAGUCAUUGUGAAAAUAAUGCGAGAUUAUUUCUCUCAACAAUCUGGAUAACACGACGAUGGUUAACAUGCUUAUUCAAAUGCUUAUUCAAAUCGCAGCCCUAAUUAUUCAAAAUGUUUAAUGCAAUCUGUGGGAAUAUCUCGAGCACUUUACAUUCAAACAUCAAGUUGAGUUUGUAGUCAAGUGGAACUCAUAACCUUGAUACUCAAUAAUUAUGAUGCCUCAAUCUUUCAGAGGUUGCACUCUGAUUAUAAACUAAUGUGUAAAGUUCUCGAAUUGUUCCUCGAAAUAAAUUUACAGAUCAUAAAA